GAAUGCGUCAUCAACAAUCCGGAUAUUCAUUUUCAUUUCAAUCGGAAAUAAUGGAAUUUUGAAAUCUCCAAAAAAAAACAGUUUAAAAAUUCAAAAAAAAAUGCCAAUCAUUGCAACUAUAUUUAUUGUUGGCAAUCGAUUUUUGUUGUGACCAAAAUCCUUGCCAUAUUGAAUACACACACACACACACAAAAUAUAAUGAUUGGCGGUAAAUUAAAAAGAAAAAAGAAAGAAAUCACUACUAUUAAUAUUUAUUAUAGUCAAUCAUCAACAAAAAUUAAUUGUUUAUUUCAUCGUUUAUUUUGUGCUGAAAUAUUACGGAUCUUUAAACAAAAAAAAAUGACUUUCAAUAUUUUACAAUCGAUGAUGGUCACCAACCACCAUUUAACUAUAAAUGAUGAUGGUGAUAGCAACAACAACAACAACAACAACAACAAAAAUUCCAAUUAUCAGUCAUAAAGUAUUGUAUUUCAGUAUAUUUUUUUUAAUCCUAUUAAAAAUUUUCCCAUAUUUUUUCAAGUGUAUGUUAAUUACAAAAUAGCUUUAAGAUAAACAAAUCUAAGUGCAUGAACAAAAUGACAAUGUAUUAUAAUCAGCCGAUAAUCAUCAUAAUUAUCCUAUCCUAUCCAAUUGACUAUUUAAGAUCGGUUAAAAUUUUCAUUUUUUUUCAUCGAAAUCAAUGAUCGAAUUUAAUCGUUGAAAUGUGUCUGUGUAUAUAUCGAAAUACUGGUUGAACACUCUUAACGUUCACUGAACAAGUACCGUCAUCAUCAAGCACUUUAUCAAAAUCUUAUAUCAGGCAUUGUGAAUUGUGAUUAUGAUUAUGAUGAUCGUGGUCUGAUUGAAUAUAUAUACGAAAUAUCCGAAAACGAACUAGGUUCCUUAGCAGUUUGGUCCGGUUAAAAAAUUGUCUUUGUAGUGUUGGUCGUUUCCUUCUGCAUUUUAUCAAAAUUUUGUUAGUCGCUCUUCAAAAGAAAUUCUUUCACUUUGUUUUUGAUUACCUGUGAAUCCAGAUCUAGAACUGAAUUUUUAAAAAAAAAAUCAUGGUUCGAUCAUCAGAAAUCAUGGCCAAUGUUCCUAUUGAUAGAAUGAAGAUAAUAUUCAUCAUAUUUUUCAUCAAUGGUAUUGGAACACUAUUACCAUGGAACAUGUUGAUCAAUGCUGAUAAAUAUUUUGUCUCAUAUAAAUUGAAUGUUACCGAUUCAACACCAACAAUCGAUAAUUAUCGUAAUUCAUUUCUUUCCUAUUUGGGUAUUGCAAGUAAAGCGCCGAAUAUUUUGCUACAAUUAAUCAACAUGUUCAUCAGUACACAGGGCUCUGUAAAUCUUGGUUAUCGAAUCACAUAUUCAUUGGUUGCACAAAUCCUAGUGUUCAUAUUCAUCAUCGCAAUGGCCAUUGUUGAUUCAAGUGGUUGGCCGUCGAUUUUUUUCUGGUUGACUAUGUUGUCCGCUGUUGCCAUCAAUCUGGCUAAUGGUAUCUAUCAAAGUUGCGCAUAUGGUCUUGCAGCACGUUUUCCAAUGAAAUAUACAAAUUCCGUUGUGAUGGGAAUGAAUGUCAGCGGUACUAUAGCUGCCAUUUUGAUGAUCAUAUCGAUUGCGUUAUCACCUAAAGAGAAUCUUGAGGCUUUGAUUUUUUUCUCUUGUGCCGUAAUCAUUCUGUUUAUAUGUUUUAUCGGACAGUUUUAUGUGAAUAAAAAUGAAUUUUAUCGAUUUUUUGCCACACCAUCAAUGCUGAAUUCAAAUCUGAAUUUGAUCAAAAGCAUCAAUGCCUGUCCGAGUUGUUUCGAAAAAGGCCAUUCAAAAACAAGUAACAAUAACUGUCCACAUUUGAGUAGAUCAUUGGAACGUGCCGUAUCGUAUGAUGGAAAAUCAUUUCAUGAUAAACAACCAUUGAUUGAAUCAAAAACACAACAAUAUCUUCAAGUAUUUAGAUCCAUUUGGAUGUUGUUAUUAAAUAUUAUUCUCAUCUAUGUGGUUUCAUUAUCAUUGUUUCCAACUGUUCACGCAAGAAUCAUUCCGAAAGAUAAUAUCAUAUCAUCGGCCUAUUUUUCACCCGUUUUCUGUUUCCUAUCAUUCAAUCUAUUUGCCACUGUCGGUAAUCUGAUUGCACAAUAUGUUCAAUGGCCUGGACCACGUUAUCUGAUCAUAUUCAGUUUGAUUCGUUUAUUGUUCAUACCAUUUUUAUAUUGUAAUUAUUAUCCUGGCGAUAGCUUACAUCGUUCAUUACCAGUCAUUUUCAAUAAUGAUUGGAUGUACAUUGUUGGAUCAAUCACAAUGGCCAUUUCAUCGGGAUAUUUAUCUAGUCUUUGUAUGAUGUAUGCACCAAAAUGUGUUCCAUCACAUCUGGCAACAAGCUCUGGACAAAUGGCAGCAUUGACCAUAUUGUUGGGCAUUUUGAUUGGUAUAAAUAUUAGCCUUAUUUAUCCAUGUUUGGUUAGAUAGUUAUAUAUUGAUUUUAGAAUUGAUCAAAAAACAUUUUUUCAUUUUUUAAUUGUUAUUUUAAUUGUUAAAUUUUGAAUAUCAUUCACCUGUAAACUGUUUUGUUCAAAAACGAUUUUAAAACGAAAUUAAAUACAUUAUUAGUUCACAUUUACA